CUCUUAUCCAUGCAGUGCAUUAACUACACACUGUGAGUCUCUCUCCUUAAUUUUCUGGUUCUUUCUCAAUCAGUUUCAUUCUCCUGCGAGCAUAAAGAGGUGCAUUAUGGGGGCAUUCCUGGGCUAGUAGUGGUGGUGAUAAGAAGAGGUAGGAAGAAGUUUUGGAUUUGGAUUUUGGAGGAUGGACGUUGUUCGUUCACAAAGAGGCAGUAGUAGAAACACGAGCCCAGACCGCGCCAAAAUAUGCAGGAUGAAUCAAAAAGUGAAGCCCUUUAGAAAAGUUCAAGUCGUUUACUAUCUCUCCCGAAACGGCCUUUUGGAGCACCCCCAUUUCAUGGAGCUCACCCUUUUGUCCAAUCAACCUCUCCGCUUGAAAGAUGUCUUCGAUCGACUCAUGGCUCUUCGUGGGAGUGGCAUGCCUUUGCAAUAUUCAUGGUCUAGUAAAAGGAACUAUAAGAGCGGUUAUGUGUGGUACGACUUGGGUCUGAAGGAUAUAAUACAUCCAGCAGAAGGAGGCGAAUAUGUUCUCAAAGGUUCUGAACUCGUCGAAGGAUGCUCUGAGAGAUUUAAUGUGAGCAACAAGCAGCAGGGAAUUCAUCAGCAGGCAGAGGCAGAGGCAGAGGCAGAGGCAAAUUACAAUUACAAUUACGAUUCAAGGAGUAAGGCUUUGGGUGUGUGCAACAAGCAGCAGCAGCAGCAGAAAGAGCGUGAAGAGUUGGAGGAAUACGAGGAGCAAGAGAAAGAGUACGAGGAGGGAGAGAAAACAAGCUACACGAGCUCCACCACCACCCCACACUCUCGUUGCUCAAGAGGGGUAUCAACGGAAGAACUGGUUUAUGAUGAAGAAGAAAACAAGAACGCAACAAAGGUAAAUGCUGAAGGCACAAAUAAGAAUAAGAAGAACAAGGGUGAGAAAGUGAAGAGAAGGGAUGGUGAAGGGUCGGUGUCAAGUCGUUACUCAGCACUGUUGCAGCUGAUAGCGUGUGGGGGUGGGAGCACGGGCGAAGCAGCAGGGGAGUACUUGAAGGGGCCGCGUCUCAGCGAUGUGGGGACCAAAGAGAAUAAUAAGGCUUUGUUUUGGGAGGAGAUGGAGAAUCCCAUCUUGUUGGGGAAUUUGCAGACAGAGGAGAAGGAAUACUUUAGUGGCAGCUUCCUCGACUCAAUCAAACCCAACCAUGGAGGAGGAGGUGAAGUCCAAGGUAAUGGAACAAGACAAGAAGAAGGGAGGAAUGAAAGACAAAUGUAUCCCUCUCAUGAAAUCCACUAGUAGUAGGAAAUGAUGUCGUCAUGGGAUACUUGCCUGCAUCAUUUUAAUUCGGUUUCAUUAGUGCUGCAGAAUAUCAUUAACCUGACUUAUUAAGAUAAUGUUGCUCAAAGUAGUAAUCAUAAAACAAAGAGAACUUCUUACCAAUAGUAAAAGGCAAAAUUGUACUUUUCUAUUACUAACUCCUCUCCCUUAUGUUUUAAUAUUUUAUUUUGAAUAGAGUCACGUGAAAUCUUCUUGGGUAGGGCCACUAGUCUAGUAAGUGGGAUGCAGUACAGGCUUAGGUUUUGUUUUGUUUCUUGUGGCCUAUGGUUCAGGAACCUCCUAGUCUAUUCAAACUAAAUCGUUCUCACCAG